GAAAAAUAUUUUAUUUGCCUCUUCACAAAGACAAAUAUUAUAUCAAUUAUAUUUACAGCUGCAAAAAUCUGCAGCGCCACYCGGCGAGGUAACGAAAACAACGACAACGACAGUCGAGUUAACGGCAAAUCCGUGGAAAACAUAUUUUUAUAAAAGGAAGAGGAACAUCGCAUCGGUCAUUGUAUAAUUGUGCCCAACUGCUUACAGCAGCAGCGAAGGAGGRGUAGAGACGCAUUUAGUCGAGAGUUGUCGUAGUGCGUGGCCAUGAAGAAGUCCGUACAGCCGGAGACUAGGCCCUACUGCGUGCAGCCGCGCAGGCCAAAGCGCAUCACAAACAUGAAAAGCUGUGAGAUGCGCAAACGACGCAUCGAACCGCCCACACCGGCGCGUCGGAACAUCGUCGACUGUCCGUUCUACACAUUCAAGUACAAGUUCGACGAGUUGCCACUUGAUCCAGCGAAGGCGUACAUCGAGGAAAAGAUUGCCCACAUGCAGGUCGACCAAAUUGUGGGACGCUGCAAUAAGGAAUUGGACUUUCACAUCUAUCAAAUGGACCAUGUCAAAUGGGAGUAUGAAGAAUACGAUGCUGACAGCCAUCAGGAUCUGAAGUUGGAGGAUAUUGUAAUGCCGCAGAAAUUCGAAAUGUUGAAGGACAAAAAGGAUCAUAAAUAUUCAUUCAAUAGUCGAGCGUGCGACCAAUUUCCAUGGAUUACGAAGUGCUGGGAAAAUAUGGAGCCGAGUGAAGAGAUGGUUUAUCGCGUUACCAGCGAGCUUCUGCAAGUCUAUUGCGCACGGCGCGUACGCAUCUUCUAUCCGGAUAUGCGCACCAAGAGCCAACUGUACACGAAUGAAUUGCGCAAAAUGCACGGCAGUCCCUCCGAUGUUAUAGGCGGCUUACACACACAAACAGCGCGGGAUCUGCGCGUUGACGCACUGAGACGGCCCCGCAAACCGCCCAAAUUCACACCUGGCGAUCAUUAUGCGCUGCGCACGCCUGAAGAAUGCCGGAACGAGCUAAUACGCAUGGGCAAAGUUAUAGACAAAUUAAUAGAGCCAACAUUGCGACGUGCCAGAGAGAACUUAAGCCGCCAGGCCGAGGGUGGCGGUGCGACAACAGCUAAAGYAACAGCAACAACAACAAAAGGCAAGUCGGUAGCGGCAUCAAAGCAAAUGACCAGCGCAGUGGAGCGCGGAGCGGGCGAUGCCUGCACGGAAAAGAAGACGAAGCGUUUAGUAAAAAAGCAAAAGAAGAAUCCUUGCAACCGUUACGAUGCGAUGYUGCGACCCUCGGACUUCCCCACCUUCGAGGACUACAUGAAGUGCAUGAAACGCUACGAGCGCGAGAGAUUCAAGUACAUCGAAGGCCUGCAACCGGUCGAUCCGGAGGUACAAAAGGCGGUCAUACUGGCACGUUAUGAGACCAAAUUAAAGGAGGCUGAGCAAAAGUUUACACUGAAAAUCGAAACGCGCUACAAAUAUCUAAUGAAAAGUAUCAGCACUUUGAGUCUGGAAACAUUUCCCUCGCACUUGAUUAAGAAAGUUUGGACAAAAAUCGAUCCGCGCAAAGCAUUUUUACAGGAAAUUCAUAAGUAUAUCUUACGACAAGAGAAACUUUGGCCAGAAAUUUAUCCGGAGGUCAUWCUGCUGGAUUAUCUCUUCAAUGGCGAGCGUCAAAUUAAUGCCACUGUCGCCGUCUUAAUUAUAUCGUGCAUCAUAGAUCUGCAGGAGGAUUUUCGGUAUUACGUGAAACGUAACUUUCUGCGCUAUCUGCUCAAAUCGCCUYUGGAACGCAAACGUCUGCAGUUGGAAAUGGAGCCACCGGAUUUUCCGCAGUUAAUCAUACGUGGUCCAGUGCCAUAUAAAGUAAAUGUACAGUUAGCACGUAAUCGUCUAGACCAACUUUUAAUGGUAACACAUCCCAUUAUAAGGGCACUCAACCAGCUGUGGCAUCAGUUAUACAACGAUCUGGUUGUCAUCGAUGUUUCGAAGAUCUUCUUGCGCGAUCAACCCAUGACAGCCGAUGAAAUGAUUAGUUUUGUCGACGAGAGCUGUGAGGUUAUACGCGAUUUACUGUUGAAUGACUGGCUGCCGCGCUGUGCCGACUUGGUGGAUGUUAUGCGUCGUACCUGGAAGGAUYUGGUGCCAAUGAAUCAGCGAUAUGGUGGACGCGCUGCCGUGCUCUUCAACUGCGUACAUGCGCUCAUGUCGCAUCACUUGGAGGGCCUGAUAACGCGUAGCAUUUCUGUGCUCUACACCAACCUAACGAGAUAUGAGGAGGGCAACGACAUCGAACGCUAUCAAAUGUACGAUAAGAAGCUGCAACGUCGUCCGCUGAUGACAUUGAUUUUCUCCGUGGUCGGUGCGCAUUUUGAUGAUCGCACCGAUGAUCGCGAUGACACUACACCGAUCUAUAAAUACGAUGAGGAGGACGACGCGAGUCCAUUUUAUAGACGUCCUAGUAUUUCAUUCGAAUUGAGUCAACCUGAACUGGAUCCAACUUGCGAAUUCGUGAUGAAAAAUGAAGGAAAACUUUUCGGUUUUCCAUACAUAAGUGAGCUGCCAGAGUUGUUUACUCAUAUAUUCAAGAAAAUAUUACGUGUUGGCUACCACAUACCUCGUUUGGAAUACUUCAUGUCGAGAGACGAAAGCACCUUCGGUUAUUUGCAUGUCGUCGAUGAGUCGCAUUGUGAUAUGAAGCGUUUGUAUAAAAAUGUGCACAGAAUUGUCGAGAAUAACUGGAGUGGUCUGCGUGUCUAUUUGUAUCCAAUUUUCAAAUACUAUUCUUCAUUAUUCACAAAGAAAAUGAUGCCGAUCGUCGAGAAGUUGUUCACUCAAAACAUUGUUCCUGAAUUGGUGCUCGUUGAAGAUCUAAUGAAACGUUUGAUGGGCAUCAUACACAGCACAUACAUAUUGCGCGACUUCAUACCGCUGAACCUAUUCAUGGUGGACAAUCGGCAUGUGAAGAACGCCAUCGUAAUGCUAGUGCAGCAAGUUUACGACUUCAUAAUAGACUAUUACAAGGCAGUUAAUAUAAAUGAGAAUCGAGCUAUUUGUGAUGCUCUGGAGGAAAUGUCGAUGAAGGCUGGCGAACGCCCCGAAGAGACACCAGAAGUGGUCGCCUUACAGAACUACUUAAGCGAGUGUCGUGAUGAGAAAAUAUUUGCAAUAAAAGAUGAAAUCAAAAUAGUGUCGCGCCGUGUGAUUUUCCUGCUAACACAUACAAUAUUGGAUAGUGAUCACAUCCAUCUCAAUUCACGCACCUUCAUUUUGCCCGGAGAACUCGAGGAAGUAUUGGAUUUGAGCGCCGCUCGUCUGAAUGUGGUGCGCGAGAACUUGGAGAUGGCGUUGCGUGAGCGYCGCAAAAAGUUCGAAGAGUUCAUUUUGUAUGAGAAACGUCGCAUGGAUGGUUUUCGUGUGAAGGAAACGCGCGAAGUUAUGUCACUCGAAGAGCUCAAGGAACGUGUCGAUACCAUUGACGAGCUCUACGAAAUAAUUGAGAGCAUGAGUCGUGAAGCCAGAGCCAUAAAUGUGGAGGAGCAGUUAUUACAAAUAGAUAUAUCGCCGUUCCCGGUGCUUGCCGAAAUCAUUGAAAAAAUGGAACCAAUCGAAAAGUUAUGGAAGACAGCUUWCGAAUUCGAAAAGGAUUAUCAAAUUUGGAUGUAUGGAGAAUUCCAAUGCCUUGAUGCAGACGCCAUACGAGAGGAAGUUGAGAGUAUGCAUCGUAUCGUCUACAAACUAUCCCGUCAGCUGGCCAACAAUCCGGCCGCUCGCCGCGCGGCUGAGCAGAUGCGGAUUAAGGUCGAGAAAUUCCGUGCGUAUCUGCCGGUGCUGGACGCCAUCUGCCGUCAAGGUUUGACAGAAAGACAUUGGAAACAAAUAUCGGAWCAUUUGGGUGGCGAAUGCAAUCCACAACUAUAUCCCACACUCAAAGACAUGAUCGACGCGAAUAUAAUGAGCAUAUUACARCAGCUGGAGGAGAUAUCGAAUGCGGCUGGCAAGGAAUUCGAAUUAAAUUCAGCGCUCGACGCCAUGCAAGCCGAUUGGAAGGAAGUCGCUUUCGAAGUAUUACAAUAUCGGGACUCAGAUACGCACAUACUCUCUGCGCUGGACGAUAUACAAACACUAUUGGACGAUCAUAUUAUGCGUACGCAGGCAAUGAAACGUUCACCAUUCAUUGUGGCUUUGGGUUCUAAGGCGGAUGAUUGGGARGCUAAACUUCUGCUGAUACAAAAUAUUAUCGAUGCUUGGACACAAGUGCAGGUGACUUGGAUGUAUUUGGAGCCGAUCUUCAGCUCCGAGGAUAUUAUGCGACAAAUGCCGGUAGAGGGACGCAAUUUUAAAUCGGUCGAUAAAACUUGGCGUAAAAUCAUGAAGCAUACCUGCCAAAAUUUGAAUGUCAUCGUGGCCACUGAGUAUCCCAAUAUGUUAGAGACCUUUUUGAAGGCCGUCGAAGAUCUCGAAACGGUGCAAAAAGGUCUGAAUACAUAUCUCGAGCAGAAGCGUUUGUUCUUUGCGCGUUUCUUCUUCUUGUCUAAUGAUGAAUUACUGGAGAUUCUUUCUGAAACAAAAGACCCGCUACGAGUACAACCGCAUUUACGAAAGUGUUUCGAGGGUAUUGCGCGCCUCACUUUCGAUGACUCCAUGGAAAUAACUGAAAUGAUUUCGGACGAGGAUGAACAAGUGUUAUUGGUGCGUAAGAUYAAUCCAGCAUUGGCGAAUGGCUUGGUGGAGAUUUGGCUGAAGGAAGUCGAAAAUGUUAUGCUGGCAAGUGUACUGGAGCAGAUGAAACUAGCCUGGGAAGACUACUUCCUGGUCGAYCGCAUAAUUUGGGUAACGUCAUGGCCAGGACAAGUAGUUCAGAGUAUUUCUUGCAUGGCUUGGACUUUCGAGGUUGAGGAAGCUUUCAGCAAAAACGCUAUCCCGGCAUAUYUGGAGAAAURUAACUCGCAAAUCAGCGAGCUGGUACAGUUAGUGCGAACUGAUUUGGCAACAGGUACACGCCUCACCAUCGAAGCUYUGAUUGUGCUGGACGUGCAUGCACGUGAUGUUGUCAAGUAUUUGAUUGAUGUGAAUGUGGAAAAUAUCACGGAAUUCGAUUGGAUCUCCCAAUUACGUUACUAUUGGCGCGAAACCGACAAGGGUGAAGAGUGGGUUUGUGUUAGCAUGGUAGUUACAGAUGUUAAAUAUGGCAUGGAAUAUUUGGGCAACAAUCCACGCUUGGUCGUUACGCCGCUAACUGAUCGUUGCUACAGAACGCUGAUGGGCGCAUUAAAAUUGUGCUUAGGUGGCGCACCAGAAGGACCAGCAGGUACGGGCAAAACRGAGACCUGCAAAGACUUGGCGAAGGCUGUGGCGAAAAAAUGUGUAGUAUUUAACUGCUCGGAUGGCUUGGAUUACAAAGCAUUGGGCAAAUUUUUCAAGGGCUUAGCACAAUCUGGCGCCUGGGCCUGUUUCGAUGAGUUCAAUCGUAUCGAAUUGGAGGUGCUUUCGGUAGUGGCGCAGCAAAUUCUAACCAUUCAACGCGCUAUUGGCCGCAAGGUGGUGAAAUUCUUUUUUGAGGACACUUUGCUACGCUUAGAUCCCACGUGUUCCAUAUUCAUAACAAUGAAUCCUGGCUAUGCUGGCCGCACAGAAUUACCAGACAAUCUGAAAGUGCUCUUCCGCACGGUGGCCAUGAUGGUACCUGACUAUGCCAUGAUUGGCGAAAUCACUUUAUAUUCGAACGGUUUCGACCAGGCACGAAUACUGGCACAAAAGAUUGUACAYACAUAUAAAUUGUGUUCCGAACAGUUAUCCUCGCAAUCACACUACGAUUACGGUAUGCGCGCUGUUAAGUCCGUMCUGCUGGCUUCCGCCUCGCUCCGACGUCUAUAUACCACAUUGCCCGAAGCGCAAAUUGUGUUGCGCGCCAUUGUUGACGUGAACUUGCCGAAAUUCUUGGAACAAGAUGUUUCGCUCUUUGUUGGCAUUUACAUGGAUUUAUUCCCUGGAACCGAACUGCCCGAGCCGAAGCGCGAUGAUAUCCUAAAAUGGCUGCAUAUUAAUCUGAAAGAGCAGAACUUGCAACCAACUCCGUGGUUCAUUGAAAAAAUAUUGCAAAUUUAUGAAAUGUUGCUCGUGCGACAUGGUUUGAUGAUCGUUGGAGGACCGAUGGGUGGCAAGACAACGGCUUAUCARAUGCUCGCUGUAGCCUUGCGCUGUGUUAGUCUUGAUCCUGAUGCCACGUUGAAAGAAUUUCCCGUCAAUUAUCGUAUCAUAAAUCCGAAAGCCAUUACAAUGGGUCAGUUGUAUGGUCGUUUCGAUCCGGUUUCCCACGAAUGGUAUGAUGGUGUGUUGGCGAAAACUUAUCGAGAAAUGGCCACCGCACCGACCACUGAACGCCAUUGGGUCUUUUUCGAUGGACCCGUCGAUGCUGUGUGGAUUGAAAAUCUGAAUACCGUCUUGGAUGAUAACAAGAAACUUUGUCUAAUGUCUGGUGAGAUAAUACAAAUGACCAGAACAAUGAAUAUGAUGUUCGAACCAGCCGAUUUGGAGCAGGCCUCACCGGCUACUGUUUCACGCUGYGGCAUGAUUUACAUGGAACCAUCGCAGCUGGGUUGGCGCACAUUUCAUAAGAGUUUCUUGAAUGUGUUGAUCGAGACCGUUGGUCUAAAUGAGAUCUAUAUGACACUAUUCGAUGAUAUGGUCGACUGGUUGAUUCCGGCUGCUUUGGCUAUACUAAAAGAAUGUAAACAAAUGGUUGAACCGUCACCCAUGUAUCAGUAUAAGAUGUUCUCACGCUUCUUUUUUCAUUUUUUGGACAAGCAUAAAACAUUUAAUCAAGUUUGGUUCCAGCAAAUGUUUCUUUUUUGCUUCGCCUGGGCUUAUGGAUCUGCAUUGACAGUUAAUGGCCAAAAGCAUUUCGACACACUAAUCCGCAAGAUACUCUAUGGCGCCAAUGAAGAAUAUCCGCGCCCCAAAUAUUUCUCGCUCAAUCGCGGUCAAAUGUUUCCUGAAAAACUUUCACUCAUGGACUAUCGUUUCGACGAAGUGGAAAACUGGUGGACCUGGCAGAAGUCCACCGAUGACCCCACCGCCACCGCCAAUAUAUUCCCCGAACGUGCGAUCAUCAGUGAGCUCAUCGUGCCGACAAAGGAAUCCGGUCAAAUUACCUAUUGGCAAGAGUUUUGUAUCAACAAAUCCUAUCCGAUGCUGGUUAUUGGACCCACCGGCACCGGCAAGAGUGCUGUCAUCACAAGCAAUCUGAAUGCGCUGCCUAAGCAUACAAAUCUCGUCAACAUUGUAAACUUUUCGGCACGCACAAGUGCACAGCUGGUACAAGAGACCAUCAUGUCGAAACUGGAUCGGCGACGAAAAGGCGUMUACGGUCCACCGCUGGGCAAAAGGUGUUUAAUAUUUUGCGAUGAUGUCGCCAUGCCAUCAAAGGACACCUACGGCUCACAGCCGCCACUCGAGUUGAUACGCCAAUGGUUGGAUCACGGCUACUGGUCUGAUUUGGUGGAUACAACAAAAAUUGAAUUGGUCGAUAUGAGUUUCGUCGGCGCYAUGGGGGUGCCGGGUGGCAGCAACUUUAUCUUUCCGCGUUUCUAUCGACACACAUUUCUCGUCAGUGUGGACUCGUUCGAGGACUCGACCAUCAUUAAAAUAUUUACGGCGAUUGGCGAUUGGCAUUUCGCCAAGGAUUAUCCGGAAAAGGUGGCGCUGCUGGCGCGGGGUCUUGCCGAAGCAAUGGUCAACGUUUACCGUCAAGCAUUGAGGGUAUUCCUGCCAACACCCGCCAAAUCUCAUUAUACAUUCUCGCUACGUGACAUCACUCGCGUCUUUCAGGGCAUUGUCCUCGUUCCGGCGAAAAGGCUGCAGGAAGUUGAGAAGCUUGGCCGUUUGUGGGCUCAUGAAACGUAUCGUGUGUUUUACGAUCGGCUGAUUGAGAAGCGUGAUCGCGACGCACUGCUGGACAUGGUGAGCAACGCAUGCAAAACGAAUAUCCGCUUCCCCCUGGAGCAGGCGUUCGCCGACCGCAUGGCCGAUCCCAGCGCCAAAGUGAGCGAUGAUGAUUUGCGAAAUUUAUUCUACGGUAAUUAUUUGCAACCAGAUGCGGAUCCGAAAAUUUACGAUGAGGUCGAAAGUUAUGAUAAAUUGGAAAAGCUGAUGCACUACUAUCUGCGCGAUUACAAUACAUUCUCGCACACGCCAAUGGAUUUGGUGUUGUUUCGCUUCGCCAUCGAGCAUAUAUCGAGAGUCUCGCGUGUGUUGCAGAUGCCGCGCGGCAAUAUGCUCAUGGUCGGCAUGGGCGGCUCGGGACGUCGCAGCUCGUGCAGAUUGGCUGCCAGCAUUGCCGAUUGCCGCCUGAUGACGAUUCAAGUGACAAAGACAUAUUCGCAAACCGAUUGGCGCGAUGAUCUGARAAAGAUACUGAUGACAGCCAGUUUCAAUUUAAAUCACACGGUCUUUCUUUUCACCGACGCGCAGGCCAUCGAUGAGGGUUUCAUUGAAGACAUUAAUGGUAUACUUAACACUGGUGAUUUGCCCAACCUCUAUCAGUUGGAAGACAAAGCGGCAAUUAUGGAGAAUAUGACGAGUGUUGCAAAGCAAUUGGCGAGACAAAUUGAAAAUUCCCCCUCGGAGAUGUAUGCAUACUUUAUCGAGAGGAUACGUGAGCAAUUGCAUAUAGCUUUGGCAUUUUCACCGAUUGGCGAUUCCUUCAAGGAGCGUUUAAGAAUGUAUCCAUCACUGAUAAACUGCUGCACGAUUGAUUGGUUCAUGCCGUGGCCCGUUGACGCCUUGGAGCGUGUUGCUGAAUAUUUUAUCAGUUCAAUGAAAUUGGGUCAGGCACAGGAGCAGACUGAGGYCGGUGCCGCUGAGCAAGCAUCGCUCGAUACCGCAGAAUCGGAUGACAAGAAAAGCGACAAUGUUGAGGAAAUUGUGCUCAGCGAAUUGGAAUUGGAGCUGGUACAAAUUGUCAUGUAUUUCAAUAAUUCCGUCUUCGAAGCGAGCGAACGCUGUUAUCUGGAGUUGGGACGCCGCAAUUAUGUGACACCCUCAUCUUAUUUGGAGAUGCUUAAGUCUUUUAAAAGUUUCUACGUACGGAAAUUGGAGGAAAUCACGAAACUGCGUGAUCGCUACACCACUGGCCUGGAAAAAUUGGACUUUGCUGCCGGUCAGGUGGGUGAAAUGCAGGCGAAUCUCUACGAUCUGCAACCCAAACUGAAAGUGCUCUCCGAGGAGACUGAACGCAUAAUGGUUAAUAUUGAACGUGAAACAGCGGAGGCGGAGAAAAAGAAGGAAGUGGUUGGUGCUGAUGAAGCGGCUGCGAAUGAGGCGGCAGCCGCCGCGCAAGCGAUCAAAGAUGAUUGCGAAAGUGAUUUAGCUGAAGCGAUACCCGCUCUAGAGGCAGCAUUGGAGGCUUUAAACACCCUCAAACCGGCUGAUAUAUUCAUUGUGAAGUCGAUGAAGAAUCCACCGUACGCCGUGAAGUUGACACUGGAGGCUGUGUGUGUUUUGCGCGGGUUCAAGCCGGAUCGCAAGCCAGAUCCCAGCGGCCGCAUGGUGGAAGACUUUUGGGGGCCAUCAAUGCGUAUGAUAGGCGAUAUGAAGUUUCUGGAAUCCCUGAAAACAUUCGACAAAGACAAUAUACCGCCGGCAAAUAUCAAAAAGAUUAGAGAGAAAUACAUACCCGACCGCGACUUUGUACCAGAAAAGAUCAAGAGCGCCUCCACUGCCUGUGAAGGUCUUUGCAAAUGGGUGCGCGCCAUGGAUGUGUAUGAUCGUGUAGCGAAAAUCGUGCAACCGAAACAGCAAGCACUUGCCGAAGCAGAGGGCGAUUUGGCUUCACAAAUGGAGAAAUUAAACGCGAAACGUGCCGAGCUGCAAGURAUUUUGGACAAAUUGCAGAAAUUGAAUGACUUCUUCGCCGAAAAGUCACGCGAAAAGAAGCGUCUGGAAGAUGAGAUCGAUAAUUGCGAGAAGAAAUUAAAUCGCGCGGAGAAGCUACUUGGCGGACUGGGCGGUGAGAAGACACGUUGGUCGGAAGCUGCGCAUAACCUACACAAAUCGAUAAGCAAUAUUGUCGGCGAUGUUCUGCUAGCCGGUGGCGCRGUAGCUUAUUUGGGUUUCUUUCCAACUGAGUAUCGGGCGCAAAUUUUGGAGGAUUGGAAUGCGUUGUGUGUGCGCAAACAAAUUCCUUGUUCGGAGAAGUUCUCGCUGGCCAGCACACUGGGAAAUCCCAUGCAGAUACGCGCCUGGUCAUUAGCCGGUCUGCCGGCUGAUAACUUUUCUGUAGAGAAUGGCAUUAUUGUGGCCAACUCGAAUCGAUAUCCGCUAAUGAUAGACCCACAAGUCCAAGCCAACAAAUGGAUUAAGAAUAUGGAAAAGGAUAAUUAUCUGCGCGUAAUCAAGCAAAGCGAUCCCAAUUACAUGCAAAUACUUGAACUUUCCGUAACAUAUGGCAAUCCUGUACUAAUUGAAAAUGUUGGAGAAAGCUURGAUUCCAAUUUGACGCCAAUACUGGAGAAGAACGUAAUUAAGCACAAAGGCGGUCUAUUUAUUAAAAGCGGUGAAACGAUGCUGGAAUAUAAUCCCAACUUUCGUCUGUACAUAACAACCUGUUUGCGUAAUCCGCACUACUCACCGGAAAUAAUGGUUAUGGUUGCGGUUUUGAAUUUCAUGAUAACGGAACAAGGUUUACGCGAGCAGCUACUAGCUAACACCGUGGCACGUGAACGACCCGAUUUGCAGGAGAAAAAAGAACAACUGAUUGUCGAGUCAGCGAAAAAUCGUGACGCUUUAUACACAAUCGAAUCGAAGAUUCUAGAGGUAUUAUCCUCGUCGGAGGGCAACGUGCUGGAGGAUGAGAAUGCCAUCAACAUACUGUCAUCGAGUAAAAUACUAUCGGAGGAAAUACAGGAGAAGCAAGUAAUCGCUGUGGCAACUGAAACGGAAAUUGACGCCGCACGCCAACAAUACGUACCGGUGGCCAAACAUUCCGCCAUACUCUUCUUCGGCAUCAGCGAACUGGCAAACAUCGAUCCAAUGUAUCAAUACUCGUUGGCCUGGUUUCUGAAUCUAUUCGUAAACGCUAUAUUGAAGGCGCCGAAAUCGAAUGUGCUCGAAGAGCGUUUAGAGCAUUUGAAUUAUUACUUUACGAAAUCAAUUUAUCAAAAUGUUUGCCGAUCGCUUUUCGAGAAGGAUAAGCUUGUCAUCUCGUUGGUCAUGUGUCUGGGUAUAUUGGUAUCGCGGGGCAAAAUAAAUAAAUCGCAUUUGUUGUUCUUCUUGACUGGAGGCGUUGGCUUGCAAGCGGUGCCGCCUAAUCCGGACAAUAGUUGGCUACCGGAAAAGGCUUGGACACAAAUAUUUCGGGCGAGCGAUCUGGAAGGUCUCAAAGACUUCUACAAGCAAUUCACAAAGGAUAUUCAUCUAUGGAAGAAAUACUACGACUUAUCAUCGCCCGAGGAGUAUCCACUACCAAAGCCGUACGAUGCAGUGGARGAAAUGCUAUACUUAAUUAUAUUGAAAUCUUUGCGACCGGACAAAGUCGUGCCCGCAGUGAGG